UGCAGUUCAACUCUUGGUAUCCCUUCGAAACGUUAGUCAGUCCACAGUACGAGCUAAUAAACGCAACGCAGUUCAUCGGAUCCAUUAUGUGCCUCUGCUCUUUCGUGGCAUUCAUAAGUCUGUACGCCACCCUGGUCUGCAUCGCUUGCAGUCAGCUGGAGAAGCUGAGAGCGAGCCUCUUGGACAUCAGACAGAACCGCGACAUAUCAAAGGACUCGGGUGCUGAGACUGACCAAGAGGAAAUACAGGAAGUACACAUCUCUCAGAAAAUGUUCAAUCACAUGCAGAAACAGCUCAACGACUGCAUACGUCACCACCAGGAUAUCUUGGAGUUCAUGAGGGCUCUGGAGGCGACAAUGAACCCCAUGAUGCUUGCCCACUUCCUGCUAAUAGCGGGCGGAAUGUGUUUCGCGACGUUUUCCGCAGUGACGAGUUCAGGACGCCUCCUGCAGCUGGCACAGAUCCUGAUCGUGUACAUUGCCUUCGCCACCCAGCUGUAUACGUACUGCUGGUUCGGAACAGAACUCACUCGCCAGGCCGAGUCUUUGAGCGACGCAGCAUGGCGAAGCGACUGGAUCGGAACACCGGUUUCGUUUCAACGCUGCCUGAUCUUCAUCAUAGCCACUGCCAGAAGAGAUUUCGUCCUCACAGCUGGGAAAUUUGUAUCCGUGUCUCGCGAGACAAUGCUGACAAUAAUCAACCAGACAAUUUCGUACUUCAUGUUCCUGCUCAAUUUCAAAGACAUGGACACAGAUGCAGAUCAGUGAGCAAACACGCAGCGUCGCAUCGCAUGAAAAACAUUCGUAUAAAACUUCCACAAAUUCUAAGC